GGCGGCAGUGGCCGCGGCGCAACCGGCCGCCGCCGCCCCCGGGCCCGUCCCGCCGGGGGCGCCGGGCGCGGCCAGCGCGCCCCACAGCCGGAGGCAGAGCCGCGGGAGGCGGCGGCAAAGCCGGGCAGGUGGCUGCGGCUGGAAGAUGGCGCCCGCGGGUCCGGGCGGCGCGCGGCGGCGGUGCCGGCGGGCGCUGUACUGGGUCCCGGUGGUGUUCAUCUGCCUGCUGCUCGGCUGGUCCUACUACGCCUACGCCAUUCAGCUGUGCGUCGUGUCCAUGGAAAACAUUGGAGAACAAGUUGUGUGCCUGAUUGCUUAUCAUCUCCUUUUUGCAAUGUUUGUCUGGUCGUAUUGGAAAACUAUCUUUACAUUACCAAUGAAUCCUUCAAAAGAAUUCCAUCUCUCUUAUGCAGAGAAAGAAUUGUUGGAGAGAGAGCCAAGAGGAGAAGCCCAUCAGGAAGUUCUUAGGCGAGCAGCCAAAGACCUUCCCAUCUACACCAGGACCGUGUCUGGAGCAAUCCGCUAUUGUGACAGAUGCCAACUUAUAAAACCAGACCGCUGCCAUCACUGUUCCGUCUGUGAUAAAUGUAUUUUGAAGAUGGAUCAUCAUUGCCCAUGGGUGAACAAUUGUGUUGGAUUUUCAAAUUAUAAAUUUUUCCUUCUUUUUUUGGCUUAUUCUUUGCUGUACUGCCUUUUUAUUGCUGCUACGGAUUUGCAGUAUUUUAUCAAGUUUUGGACAAAUGGCCUACCUGAUACUCAAGCCAAGUUCCAUAUUAUGUUUUUAUUCUUUGCUGCAGCUAUGUUUUCUGUCAGCUUGUCUUCUCUGUUUGGCUAUCAUUGUUGGCUAGUGAGCAAAAAUAAAUCUACAUUAGAGGCAUUUAGAAGUCCAGUAUUUCGACACGGAACAGAUAAGAAUGGAUUCAGUUUGGGUUUCAGUAAAAACAUGCGACAAGUUUUUGGUGAUGAGAAGAAGUACUGGUUACUACCCAUUUUUUCAAGUCUAGGUGAUGGCUGCUCCUUUCCAACUUGCCUUGUUAACCAGGAUCCUGAACAACCAUCUACUCCUGCAGGAUUGAAUUCAACGUCUAAAAAUCCUGAAAACCAUCAGUUUCCUGCAAAGCCAUUGAGAGAAUCCCAGAGCCACCUUCUUACUGAUUCUCAGUCUUGGACAGAGAGCAGCACAAACUUGGGAAAAGGCAAAGCUGGUAUGAGCAAUCCUGCAUUAACCAUGGAGAAUGAGACUUAGCUCUUCAAACAAAAUUAAUUCAUAUUUUAUGAAAGAUUCAGUGCUGUAGAUGGAUGGAAGAGGCUCCCCACAAGAAGGCACCAUCGGCCAGGUGUUCCCAUGUCCCUUUGGCUGGAUAUGCAGAAUAUGAAUUGGUUAGUUCUCUCAGAGCAGUUGCUUAAAACACAACACAUUUUAUAUUCACUAUGCAGAUUGUCUCAACUUAACAAAUUCCUGCUAAGUAUUAAAAGUACUUAUGGUUAAUGAAUCAAGGACAAAAUACUUUCUAUCUUAAAAACUUGGAAUAAACUUCAUGGGCUAGUUUUCAGCCAAAUAUUUGGGCAGCACAACUUACCAGAUCCAAAGCCCAUUUUCUGAUUGAGAAAAUUGAGACUUAUUAAGAUUUUGAAAUUUAAAAGAUUUCAAGUCACAGUAUACUAACAAGCUUUAUUCGUAAAAUCUGUUCAUUACCUAUGAGAAGGUGGAAGUUGAGUAUCAGACUUUUUGUUUAUGCCUUCUGAUGUGAAUCCAGCCUUGGAGUGAACCGUAAAAGUAUGAAUUCAUUGCAAAUUUCAAGUGGCCUACAGUUGAAGUUUACUUCCAUUUUUUGCCAGACUUUAAUUAUAACCUUAGUUCCCUGCUGGAAAAGUGUGAUCGUUGAAGCUUGAGUUCACUGAAAAGCAACUGACUAGGAAAUUUUUGUCAAAACUAAUACAUUUCUGUUACUUCAGAAACAUAUUUUUCAUCUCUUCUAAUCUUCCUAAAUUGGAAGAAAUCUAUAAUAAUAAUUAUGAAGAUUGGUUUAUGAUAUUCUUUUGCCAGUUUCUUUUUUAAAUCUCCUUUUUUUAGGUUAUUUCUCCUAAUGAAAUAGCAAAAUAGUGAAUUUCUGUUAAGAAUCCCUGAUGGGCCCGUAGACUAGUCCUCCAUUGGUAUCUAUAUUAUUUGUAUCCUCUCACCAAAAGUAUGACAGUUUAACUACUUAGUUCCUCAAAUAUUUACUAAGAUUAAAUUAUGCAAAUCAUUUUAAAAAGUCAUAUAUUUUUAGAGAUUUAGUUCAACAUGAACUAAAUGCAGUGCUGUUUAGAUAUUGAGUUUAAGAUAAACUAAAGUGGUGUGUUUGUAGAUGCCAAAAUGUUCGGCUUCAGUAAAUAUACUAAGAAGCGCUUGUGCCUUGUAUGCACUAUUUGAAAAAAAAAAAAGUUUUGUUUUUUUAAAAAAUUUGAUUGAAGUGUAAAUUUUUGUAAAUGUUAGAGAUUAGAAUACAGUGUAUACAUUAUUUGGUACUGAUUUUGAGACUUUAAAGCAGAAUAUGUUUUAACACUUACAUGCCUAAAAAACUGGUAUUUGAUAAAAGAGAAAAUGGUAUUUUUUUCAAAAUCGGAAGGAGGCAAAAAUUCAAAAAAGAAGACCUGAGGAUAAUGGAAUAAAAAGAUCCUUGCAAUUACUCAUCCUUCCUAAAAGUAUUGAGUUUUAUGUUGAAAUGAAUUUAUGGAAGACCCAAAGUCAGCCAAGUCCAUUUUAUAGAUCAUUUUAGUACAGUUCUUUGAAAACUAGAAUGGCAGUCUUUUCAGGUUUCUUUUUUAAGCUAAAAGAUUUUGAUCUGACAAUCUGCUUCAAGAAAUCUCAGAGGUGAUGCAUUUUUAUUUUUAUUUCAAAGUAUUUUUGUGUCAUCAUUUUUCAUUACCUGAAGUGCCAGGUUGGAACCUACAGCUACUGCUUGAAGUCUUAAGGGCAAUGUCAUGUAUUCAGAAUUAAAUGCAACCAGAUUUUUUUCAAAGCACAGUACUACAGCUAUUUUUACAGUCAGGAUUCCAUUAGGUAUUCCCUCUUGUCAAACUAGAAGCUAAGAAAAAAAGAGGGAUUUUUAUUCUUUACCUUGCUAGAGUACUGUUAAUUUUUCCCCUUGUAGGUCUUCUAUGUAAUUACUGAAAUGUGUAAUUCAAUACACAUGUAAUUAGAAAUGGAUUCAAAAAGCUUUUUCAAACUAAAAUUUUCUUCAUUAAAUUGUUACAGUUCCCUUUUUGUUUUCAUACAGUGAAUAGCUCUUAAAGGGUUUUUUGUUUAGUUUGGUUUUCAAUUUGAGAGGGUUAUAAUUUUUGGAUAUGGUGGCAUAUCUCAUUAGGUAUGCAGUAUAAAUUUACCUGAGUGAAUAAAACAUCAAAUAGACCUACAUUUUGUACAUGCUUAUAAAAUGUAUCUUAAAGACAUUUUAUUUAAAAAAUGUACUUGGUUAACUCAAACUUGAAGACACUUUUACACUUCAGCUGUCCUGAUAUAAUAGUACAUUAAACUGGUAAUUUUGAUUUUUCCUGUUUUUAAGAGAUUCUACCAUGUAAGUAUCAAUAUUUAAGAAAUUUUUCAUUUAAAAAUGUACAAAUGCUUCAUAAACGUUAGUUAACUAUUUGCCAUUGUAUGGUGAAAGAAGGUUUGUAUUUUUGAAGAUAAGGAAAAAUUAUGCUAAAUGCAAUGAGACAUUCACGGAAGUGCUUAUCCAUAAAUUCUGUUAUAUCGUAAUAAAGUCUGGUUGACCCCCUUA